GCCGCCCAGGCGAGGUGCGGCCUCCGCUCGGGCGGGGGGGCGUCGGCGCCGUGGGGCCCCGCCAUGGCCGCGUCCGAGCUCUACACAAAGUUUGCCAGAGUUUGGAUACCUGAUCCUGAGGAAGUUUGGAAGUCAGCAGAGCUGCUCAAAGAUUAUAAACCAGGAGAUAAAGUCCUCCUGCUUCGCCUUGAGGAAGGAAAGGAUUUGGAAUAUCGUCUAGAUCCAAAGACGAAGGAGCUGCCUCACUUGAGAAACCCUGACAUACUUGUGGGUGAAAAUGACCUCACAGCCCUCAGCUAUCUUCAUGAGCCUGCUGUGCUCCACAAUCUCAGAGUCCGCUUUAUUGACUCCAAACUUAUUUAUACAUAUUGUGGUAUAGUCCUAGUAGCUAUAAAUCCUUAUGAACAGCUGCCUAUUUAUGGAGAAGAUAUUAUUAAUGCAUAUAGUGGUCAGAAUAUGGGUGAUAUGGAUCCACAUAUCUUUGCAGUAGCUGAAGAAGCUUACAAGCAAAUGGCCAGAGAUGAACGAAAUCAGUCCAUCAUCGUAAGUGGAGAGUCUGGGGCAGGAAAAACAGUCUCAGCUAAGUAUGCCAUGCGAUACUUUGCAACUGUGAGUGGUUCUGCCAGUGAAGCCAAUGUUGAGGAAAAGGUCUUGGCCUCCAACCCCAUCAUGGAGUCCAUUGGAAAUGCUAAGACAACCAGGAAUGAUAAUAGCAGCCGUUUUGGGAAGUAUAUUGAAAUUGGUUUUGAUAAGAGAUACCGAAUCAUUGGUGCCAAUAUGAGAACUUAUCUUUUAGAGAAAUCCAGAGUGGUAUUCCAGGCAGAAGAGGAGAGAAACUAUCAUAUCUUCUAUCAGCUUUGUGCUUCAGCAAAGUUACCUGAAUUUAAAAUGCUGCGAUUAGGAAAUGCAAAUAACUUUCAUUACACGAAGCAAGGUGGCAGUCCUGUGAUUGAAGGAGUUGAUGAUACCAAGGAGAUGGCACAUACCAGGCAGGCCUGCACUCUGCUAGGAAUUAGUGAGUCUUAUCAGAUGGGAAUUUUCCGAAUACUUGCUGGCAUCCUUCACUUAGGCAACGUUGCAUUUACGUCUCGGGAUUCAGACAGCUGCACAAUACCUCCCAAGCAUGAACCUCUCAGCAUCUUCUCUGACCUUAUGGGCGUGGACUAUGAAGAGAUGUGUCACUGGCUCUGCCAUCGGAAACUGGCUACCGCCACAGAGACAUAUAUCAAGCCCAUCUCGAAGCUUCAGGCCACGAAUGCCCGUGAUGCUUUGGCCAAGCACAUUUAUGCCAAGCUCUUUAGCUGGAUUGUAGAUCAUGUCAAUCAGGCCCUCCAUUCUGCUGUCAAACAACACUCUUUUAUUGGAGUACUGGACAUAUACGGAUUUGAAACAUUUGAGAUAAAUAGUUUUGAACAGUUUUGCAUAAAUUAUGCAAAUGAAAAACUACAACAACAAUUCAAUAUGCAUGUCUUCAAAUUAGAACAGGAAGAAUAUAUGAAGGAACAAAUUCCAUGGACACUCAUAGAUUUUUAUGAUAAUCAGCCUUGCAUUAAUCUUAUAGAAUCUAAACUGGGCAUUCUAGAUUUGCUGGAUGAGGAAUGCAAGAUGCCUAAGGGCACAGAUGACACUUGGGCCCAAAAAUUGUACAACACACAUUUGAACAAAUGUGCACUCUUUGAAAAGCCCCGUCUAUCAAACAAAGCUUUCAUCAUCCAACAUUUUGCUGACAAAGUGGAAUACCAGUGUGAAGGCUUUUUGGAAAAGAAUAAAGACACUGUUUUUGAAGAACAAAUCAAAGUUCUGAAAUCCAGCAAGUUUAAGAUGCUACCAGAAUUAUUUCAAGAUGAUGAGAAGGCCAUCAGUCCAACAUCAGCCACCUCGUCAGGGCGAAUGCCCCUCACUCGUAUUCCUGCAAAGCCCACCAAAGGCAGACCAGGCCAGGCGGCCAAAGAGCACAAGAAAACAGUAGGGCACCAGUUCCGAAACUCCCUUCACCUGCUUAUGGAGACCCUCAAUGCCACUACCCCUCACUAUGUACGCUGCAUUAAACCGAAUGACUUCAAGUUCCCAUUCACGUUUGACGAGAAGAGGGCAGUGCAGCAGCUGAGAGCAUGUGGUGUCCUGGAAACCAUCCGCAUCAGUGCAGCGGGCUUCCCCUCACGGUGGACUUACCAAGAAUUUUUCAGCCGCUACCGUGUCCUAAUGAAGCAAAAGGAUGUGCUGAGUGACAGAAAGCAAACGUGCAAGAAUGUGUUAGAGAAACUGAUACUGGACAAGGACAAAUACCAGUUUGGUAAGACAAAGAUCUUUUUCCGUGCUGGUCAAGUGGCCUAUCUAGAGAAACUGAGGGCAGACAAGCUGAGAGCUGCCUGCAUCCGGAUCCAGAAGACCAUCCGAGGGUGGCUGCUGCGAAAGAAGUACCUGCGCAUGCGGAAGGCGGCCAUCACCGUGCAGAGAUACGUGCGAGGCUACCAGGCCCGAUGCUAUACUAAGUUCCUGCGCAGAACCAAGGCAGCAACCAUUAUUCAGAAGUACUGGCGCAUGUAUAUAGUCCGCAGGAGAUACAAGAUAAGACGAUCGGCCACUAUUGUUCUUCAGUCUUAUUUGCGAGGUUAUUUGGCCAGAAAUAGAUAUCGCAAGAUGCUCCGUGAGCACAAAGCAGUUAUCAUUCAGAAGUGGGUCCGGGGCUGGCUGGCUCGCACCCACUACAAGAGGAGCAUGCAUGCCAUCAUCUACCUUCAGUGUUGCUUCCGGCGGAUGAUGGCCAAGCGCGAGCUGAAGAAGCUCAAGAUCGAGGCCCGUUCCGUGGAGCGCUACAAGAAGCUCCACAUUGGCAUGGAGAACAAGAUCAUGCAGCUGCAGCGCAAAGUGGAUGAGCAGAACAAAGACUACAAAUGCCUCAUGGAGAAACUGACCAAUCUGGAAGGAAUAUAUAACUCUGAGACUGAGAAACUACGAAGUGACUUAGAGCGUCUCCAACUAAGUGAGGAGGAAGCUAAGAUUGCUACUGGACGGGUCCUCAGUCUGCAGGAAGAAAUUGCCAAGCUCCGGAAAGACCUGGAACAAACUCAGUCAGAGAAAAAAUCCAUUGAGGAGCGUGCAGAUAGAUACAAACAGGAAACCGAGCAGCUGGUAUCAAAUCUGAAGGAAGAAAAUACUUUGCUGAAGCAGGAAAAAGAGGCCCUCAAUCAUCUCAUCGUGGAGCAGGCUAAGGAGAUGACAGAGACUAUGGAGAAGAAGUUAGUAGAAGAAACAAAACAACUGGAACUCGAUCUUAAUGAUGAAAGGCUGAGAUAUCAGAACCUUCUGAAUGAGUUCAGUCGCUUAGAAGAACGCUAUGAUGACCUCAAGGAAGAGAUGACUCUGAUGGUGAAUGUGCCUAAGCCUGGACACAAGAGAACAGACUCCACCCACAGCAGCAAUGAGUCUGAAUACACCUUUAGCUCUGAAAUUGCAGAAACUGAAGAUAUGCCAUUGAGGACAGAGGAGCCAAGUGAGAAGAAGGUGCCUCUGGACAUGUCAUUGUUCCUCAAGCUCCAGAAGCGGGUCACAGAGCUGGAGCAGGAGAAGCAGGUGAUGCAGGAUGAGCUGGACCGUAAGGAGGAGCAGAUGCUCCGCAGCAAGGCAAAGGAAGAAGAAAAACCACAAAUUAGAGGUGCAGAACUGGAAUAUGAGUCACUCAAGCGUCAAGAGCUGGAAUCAGAAAAUAAAAAACUGAAAAAUGAGCUAAAUGAGCUACGCAAGGCCCUUAGUGAGAAAAGUGCCCCAGAAGUGACGGCUCCAGGUGCACCAGCCUAUCGUGUCCUCAUGGAGCAGCUGACCUCUGUGAGUGAGGAGCUUGAUGUCCGUAAGGAGGAAGUCCUCAUCUUGAGGUCUCAGCUGGUGAGCCAGAAGGAGGCCAUCCAACCCAAGGAUGACAAGAACACAAUGACAGAUUCCACAAUACUUUUGGAAGAUGUACAAAAAAUGAAAGAUAAAGGUGAAAUAGCCCAAGCAUACAUUGGUUUGAAAGAAACAAACAGAUCACCUGCUAUGGAUUGCCAUGAGUUGAAUGAGGAUGGAGAGCUGUGGCUGGUUUAUGAAGGGUUAAAACAAGCCAACAGGCUCCUGGAAUCCCAGCUGCAGUCACAGAAGAGGAGCCACGAGAACGAGGCGGAAGCCCUUCGUGGGGAGAUCCAGAGCCUGAAGGAGGAGAACAACCGGCAGCAGCAGCUCCUAGCCCAGAACCUGCAGCUGCCCCCGGAGGCCCGCAUCGAGGCCAGCCUGCAGCACGAGAUCACCAGGCUGACCAACGAAAACUUGUAUUUUGAGGAAUUAUAUGCAGAUGACCCUAAGAAGUAUCAGUCAUAUCGGAUUUCACUUUACAAACGGAUGAUUGAUUUGAUGGAACAACUUGAAAAACAAGAUAAGACUGUUCGGAAACUGAAAAAACAACUGAAAGUAUUUGCCAAAAAAAUUGGUGAACUAGAAGUGGGCCAGAUGGAGAACAUAUCCCCAGGACAGAUCGUUGAUGAACCCAUCCGUCCAGUCAACAUUCCCAGGAAGGAAAAGGAUUUCCAAGGCAUGCUGGACUACAAGAAGGAGGAUGAACAGAAGCUUGUCAAGAACCUGAUUCUGGAACUGAAGCCACGUGGGGUGGCAGUCAAUUUGAUUCCAGGGUUACCAGCAUAUAUCCUGUUCAUGUGUGUUCGACAUGCUGACUACCUGAAUGAUGAUCAGAAAGUAAGGUCGUUGCUAACAUCAACAAUUAACAGCAUCAAAAAAGUAUUAAAGAAAAGAGGUGAUGAUUUUGAAACCGUGUCCUUCUGGCUCUCUAACACAUGCCGAUUUUUGCACUGUUUGAAACAGUACAGUGGCGAGGAGGGCUUUAUGAAACACAACACGUCUCGCCAGAAUGAACACUGCCUCACCAAUUUCGACCUGGCUGAGUACCGGCAGGUGCUAAGUGACUUGGCUAUUCAGAUCUACCAGCAGCUCGUGCGGGUGUUAGAGAACAUCCUGCAGCCAAUGAUCGUCUCUGGCAUGCUGGAGCACGAAACCAUUCAGGGUGUGUCUGGCGUGAAGCCCACAGGGCUCAGAAAGCGAACGUCCAGCAUCGCAGACGAGGGCACCUACACACUGGACUCCAUCCUUCGGCAGCUCAACUCCUUCCACUCGGUCCUGUGUCAGCACGGCAUGGACCCUGAACUGAUCAAGCAGGUGGUCAAGCAGAUGUUCUACAUCGUUGGGGCCGUCACCCUGAACAACCUCCUCCUGCGCAAGGACAUGUGCUCCUGGAGUAAAGGCAUGCAGAUCAGGUACAAUGUCAGUCAACUGGAAGAAUGGCUGCGUGACAAGAAUCUGAUGACUAGCGGGGCUAAGGAAACCCUGGAACCUCUCAUUCAGGCUGCUCAGCUCUUACAAGUGAAAAAGAAGACAGAUGAUGAUGCAGAAGCUAUCUGUUCCAUGUGCAGUGCUCUAACUACUGCCCAGAUUGUCAAAGUAUUGAAUUUGUAUACUCCAGUUAAUGAGUUUGAAGAAAGAGUCUCUGUAUCAUUUAUUCGUACUAUACAGAUGCGUUUACGAGACAGGAAAGACUCUCCUCAGCUGCUCAUGGAUGCGAAACAUAUCUUUCCUGUCACGUUUCCUUUUAACCCAUCCUCCCUUGCACUAGAAACCAUCCAGAUUCCAGCCAGCCUGGGCCUGGGAUUCAUAUCACGGGUCUGAAGGUGAUGUGAUGUCAAGGCAAACAGUGACAAUAAGAACCCAUUAUUUCCAGUGAACUACUGAAAAGACAUUUUUAAAGAGAGUACUAAUUAUCUUUCAAAUCAGAGGUUAUUAACUGGAAAUCUCCCUAAAUACUUUCAUUGUCUUGGAAAGAACAAUAGGCUUCUUUGUGUUACCUUACCAGCAACAGUCACCCUGGACCAGUUAGGUAUCCCGAGGUACAUGCAGGUGAAUCACAGAAGGAAAAGGGAAAAAAAGGUCUCCAGCUGCCCGCAUUUAUUUUAAAUCCUUAGCACUGCAUCUAAAUGGUAUGGUAAAAAUGUAAAUUCCAGGAAUGAGCUGUUGUUAGGAAGGUACCUACAAAGAGCCUCCUCUACGCGGACCAGAAGAAUUGAAAGAAAAAUUGCCAUUGAGUACAUAUUAUAUCAGUUUAGGAAUCAGUUAUGUUGAUGUUGUCAAACUGGAUCAAAGAAAUAAACUGGCAGUAUGUAAAGUACUUGGUCAAGAAAAUUCCUUAUAUGUGUCACUAUGAUAUAGAGAUAUUACGAGAAUGUUGGUUUGCCAUAUAGCAUAGAAGUCCAUUUGUACUGUAGUUUACUGAGCAUUUUAAAUUGCUGCUACAUACUGUGUUCUUUAAUAUAUAAAUGAUAUUCCUAUUAGGCACUACAACAAUAAGCUUCUCUUAUCAACUCUGUUUACAAUUCAGUCAGAUCAGUUUUAACUGGAUUAUGUGCAAAUAUAUACAGAUUCACCUGCACAAGUAGCAGACACUGGGAAGUCAUGUAGUAAUAUGACAAAAUGUUUGACAUUUAGGGAUAGGAUUAGACAAAGUGGCUGUUGAUGUCAUUAUUUAUUCAGAAUGUAUUACAUUGAUGUGCUCAUUCAUUUUCCCUGGGUGGAUAUCACAUCAGGGUACAGUGUUCUGUGAAGUGACUUAUUUUUAGUUCCCAGACCAGAUUCCUGCACUGCAUAUUUUCAAUCCUGACAGGUUUUCUUUCUUCUUCUUAAUUUAUUAAGAAUUAAUCUCAGUCACUGUCUAAAGAAGAUUCAGGUCUUGAAACCUUGAUUAUCCUAUAGAUUAUGCAAAAGAAGGUGUAUAAUAAAUACUAUGGUUCCAUUUUUUUUUUAGGCUUUGCAACUUCUGUAAAUGUUCUCAGUACCACUAGAUACUUUAAGGAGCAUCGUAUUAGGAAUACUUUAAGACUUAUGUAAGAAAUAUAAGAAGAUUGCUAAAUUUUACAGAGGAUAUGCUUCAAUAAGACCCAGAUCCUAUAAGUUUCAUUCUGAAAUCCUAAUUAAACAUAUUCUCAAUUUUUCCUGGAAAUCCUAGACAGUGGGUCUUUCAGAUUGUGCAAGAGCAAAUUCUUAACUUUCAUUAGAAACUCUGGUUCUGAAUCACAAACAUAGAUUUAUAUAACUUAACUGUUAGAUGGUCUAUGAAAAAUGACAUCUUAUUAAAACGUGCAAUAUUAAUGGAAGUCAGUUUUAAAUCAUGAUAAAGAUUGUUAUUAAAAGAUAAACACU